UUCAUUUUGUAUACUACAGGUAAUGUAUUGAUCCCUGCCCAUUGUAGCGAUACGAUAAAGAUAUUACAAACCAGACAGGAAGCAAGAUUUGCAUGAAAUGGCCAAGUCCAAAAAAGGUGGUUUCUUUAGUAGGAGCUUUUCUCUACCGAGUUCCAGAGUUCGGAAGGGCCAGCGUAUUGAACGAAAUAUAGAAGAAAGACAAGAAGAAGAAGAAGAAGAAAUCGACGAAAAAGAACUCCACAAUGUUUUACGGAUGAUCAAAACACUGGCAGUUAAUGCUAAAAAGGACUUCAAGAAGAAGAAGGUGUACCGAUACUACUGUGAGGAGAUGAUUGACAGAUGGAUACCUGACCUCAAAAGGCUCCUGCGGAUUCGUUCACGAGAGGAGAGGAGGCAUCGAGAAGAAGCCGAUGCACAGAGAGAGAACGACCGCCGGGAGACACAGAGAGAACUCCGAAAUUUUAGCAAGGGUUAUGACAAUAAACGAAACCGUACAGAUGAAGUUGCAGCACUGAAGAACAAACACGAAGAUGAGCUCGUCAGGCAAAAAAAGGAGCACGAUGAUGUCAUGACAGCCCUGAAAAGAGAACAUCAGAAGGAAAUGGAUAGGUUGCUAGCUGAAAAAGAGAAACUUCUUACAAGACUAAGCCAAACGGCCGGAGACAAACUGAGGGAAAACAACCCAAAUUUCUCUGAUCUCAGUGACCCGUAUCGACCCACAAAGUUGUCCGAGAUGUUUAGUGAACUGUACGACAACCAGUGGACGGACGCCAUGGAGAUAUUGGAGGCGGAUCGCCAGGAAAAACGGGCGGUGGAGACCUUGCUGAACAUAUUAAUGAAAUGCUUCGAGCUAUGUAAGGAAUCUUCGGAAUCUCAAUUAUCAAGUCUAAGAGAUGCCUGCUGUGGAAAUGUAAAGAACGACAAAGAUAACGAUUUAGUAAAAUCUGCAAAGAAAGCUAAAGAAAUGCGGAGGGAAAUGGCAACUUGGACGCUUAAUGAAUCAAGAAUUUAUCACGCACUUUGGGAAAAAUUAGAGGAAAGUUUUGGUAAGGACGAUGUCGAAAAAUGCAAGUUAUAUAUCCAAAAGUGUGUUCAGUGUUGCUGGUUCAUGUGCGUGCAAGACCCCGCCUUGCAAUUGACUGUCUGGACCAUUGGAACUAAAAUGGAUGGUUAUAACAUGAAAUCCUUCACUAAGAAUGGCCAGUAUGUGGACUUCAGUGUUUGGCCUGCAUUAUACCUUCACAAGGAUGGACCACUGUUAUCCAAAGGAAUUGUACAAGGAACAAACCAAGCUACAGUUUAGUGAUUCAAAAUAUUCUGGUUAAAUCUUUAGACAGGUUGUGCAUUGGCAAGAAAGGCAAGCCCAAUGGAGAUUAUAACUGAUGUUGUAAACGUGCAUAUCUUGUUUUACUGUAAACAUUUAAAAAAUCCCAAAGGUUGUUCAGAAUUUCUUCUGCCAUAAAACAGAAAAUACAGCAUACAGGAUGAUGUCGAUAUUAAUUUCCCCAAAAUAUAAACUGAGAUGAUUUACAGGAAUGCUGGGGAAUCUGGAGUUUUCCUUCACCUUAUGACUGAUUUGUUGUUGAACGUCACCGUAUACAUUUUUUGUCACUAAUGCCAUUCCAUGUAAUAACAUGUAAUAUUACGUCUAUUAUAAGAGUCCAGAUUAAUAAAGCUUAUAAAAAUAUAAA